AUGGAAUCCGAGGAAGAUACGUCGGUCGUGUCAUGCGAAAAUAUCCACAAAACAUAUCUUCUUGGCUCCGAAGGUGUUUCUGCUCUCCGCGGGGUUGCAGUUGAUAUAAAACGGGGUGAAUUUGUUGUUCUCUACGGGACAAGUGGAGGUGGGAAAAGUACUCUACUUAAUGUGCUUGGAACAAUUGAUUUCCCGACGAAAGGCAAUCUUUAUCUAUUUGGCCAGCGAAUCACAGAGCAAACUCCAGACAGCGUGCUUGCUCAUAUUCGAUGUCAUCGAAUAGGGUUUGUAUUCCAAUCCUUUAAUCUUUUGUCUUCUAUGGAUGCGUUGGGAAACGUUUCUCUUCCAAUGACAAUUGCAGGAACGCGAUCAGCUGCUGAAAUAAAAGAGCGGGCGAAGGAUCUUCUAGUUUCUGUUGGCCUUGGUGAUCGUUUGUAUCAUUUUCCUUCCAUGUUGUCUGGUGGAGAACAACAGCGUGUGACCAUAGCACGGGCACUAGUAAAUGAUCCCGAAAUACUCUUAUUGGACGAGCCAACUGGAGAUCUUGAUAGGAGAAACACCAUACUGGUAAUGAAUAUCCUGACGAAGCUUAAUCGUGAUAAUGGGCUUACGAUGGUUAUGGUGACUCACGACGUGAACAUGAAGCCGUACUCUCACCGAGUCUUGUAUUUACGAGACGGCAAAUUGCAACGUAUAGAGACCAUUGACCCUCGAGUUCGAGAAAUGGCCCUAAACAGACUGAAAAAGGAAGCUGAAAAAGCACUUCAAGGGAUAAAUGAUGACAAGGCUCUCAACAUGGUGUCGGUGGUACGCAACCCUGCAGACUACGCCACCGCUGCCGCCCAGUGUCAAAUGUCUUUUGAAGAUGAUCCAGGAAUGCAAGAGGUUGUGAAGGUUCUCUUUGCGGUGUAG